UCUGGUUUUACGUAACAUUAUAAAUUAUAAUAAUGUUAAAUUUACCUUCUUCUAUCUAAAUUUGGUUUCAAAAACGAUAACAUAUCAGCGAAGUGGUAUUUUUUCCUUUUUGUUGUACCAGAACCACUCUUAAUAUUUUUCUCCUGAUUUAUAUAUUUCAUAAAAUUAUCACGUACGUGCCUCCAUUUUUUUUCCUUUAAAUCCUUUGCUAAAAUAAAAAAAUUAAUUCGCUCAUCAUACUAAUAAAUUUUAAAAUGUAUUAUUAGAUAUUUGUCAACUGGAACUUGUUUUAAAGCUAUGCAAUUUGAUUUUAAUAUUGGGAAGAGUACAGUAGCACAAAUUGUCAAAGAUACUUGUCAAAUUUGUUGGAAAGUAUUACAACCGACAGAAAUGUCUCCACCGACUAUGGAACAAUGGCUUGAUAUAUCAGAACAUUUUUAUAAAAGUACGAACUUUCCUAAUUGUCUCGGGAGUAUCGAUGGGAAACACAUAAGGUGUAAGAAUCCACAAAACUCAGGUUCAUAUUUUUUCAAUUAUAAGAAGUAUUAUUCUAUUAUUCUGAUGGCUGUAGUAGAUUCAAAUUUAAGUUUUGUAUGUAUUGAUGUUGGGGCAUUCGGACGAGAAUCUGACUCAAAUGUAUUUAAGCAAUGUCCAUUUGGAAAAAAAUUGUAUGCUAAUCAGCUUAAUAUUCCUGAACCUAAGUGCUUACCAAAUACCGAUGACUCUCCUCAACCUUACGUUUUUGUUGCUGAUGAAGCUUUUGGACUGCACAAAAAUUUACUGAGACCAUAUCCAGGGCGUGGGCUUACAAAUACUCGUCGUAUAUUCAAUUAUAGGCUUUCAAGAGCAAGAAGGACAGUUGAAUGUGCAUUUGGCGUACUUUCAAAUAAGUGGAGAGUGUUACAUACGCCUUUAUUGGUUGAACCAGAUUUUGCAGACGACAUCAUAAAAGCUUGUUGUAUAUUACACAACUUUGUCCGCAAAAGAGAUGGUUAUAAUUUCGAGGACAUGGAUACAAGCUAUUUGGUAGAUGGUUUGCCUAAUAGUGGACCGGGAGUACGAUCUCAAGGAAUUGAGGUUAGAGAUUUUUACGCAGAGUAUUUCAUGGGACCAGGAUCCGUACUAUUCCAGUAUAACAAAAUUUAAAAACACAACAUC